GACAAUGACAUCGUGUCUUAGUGUUGUCUUAGGGGUCGUAUUGGUAAUACCUCGCGAUGUAUCAUAGUGGAACUCUCCUUAUAUCUCUAAUGAUUUUCAUACAAAUUAAAGCGGACUCCAUCGACGACCCUCAUGGAUAUAAUUACAACAAAUUUUUCGCACCAUCGACCGCCAACUUCAAUGACAUAUACACAAACACACUCUUAAUAUCUGAAGAGGAAACUCUGACCACCAUAAAAGACGUUGAUUUUCAUAUAAAUAGAGAAACCCCUUCACCGCCACCUCCAUUGUAUAUACUUAAUUCUGCUUAUUUAAAUAAAAUGCAGUUCAAAACAGAAGAGCCUACUUCAACUAGUUCUAUAAUGGUAAAAACUAUAAAAGAACAUAGCAAUAAUCAUUUCGAGGCCAUACCUAAUAAACCUAAGAAGAAUAAAUAUCAGAGAGGGGUUUUAGAUCUUCUAUUUCCUCCUGCAAGGGUGAGGACUUUCAAAAAUGUUUUCGAUACUUUCAGAAAACUAUUAUCACAUACUUUUCGCUGAUAAUAGUUUAUUUUUGGG